CCGGGUUACACCAUGACGACAAAGUUGCAUGUUGGUAUGGAGGUUAUUUACUGAUAUAACAACUUUCCUUGGCCACACCAGGUGUCAUUUGCACUGGAAUAAAAGAACAGUUUGAGCCUGAGCUCAUGUUGUUUUUUCGGACUACUGCGGGUCUCCGCAGUCCGCUUCUAACCAGUUUACGCAGCUUCCCCUGCGGCUCGAGCACCUCCAGAACCGCCGCUGCAUACAUCCAGGGCCAGAGCCCAGAAGCGCGUAUUCGAGAGUACUUCUACUACAUUGACCACCAAGGACAGUUGUUCCUGGAUGACACCAAAGUCAAGAACUUUGUCACCUGCUUCAAAGACAAACAGUUCCUGGCUUUCUUCUUCAGUCGUUUGCGUGUAAAUCAGAGUGGACGUUACACUGAGGAUUUCCCCUUCCUGUCUCUGUGUGGGAGGGAGAGGAACUUCCUGCGCUGUGAUGACCGACCAGUGGUAUUCACCCACCUGCUGCAGGCCAUCACUGGAGACCAGGAGCUUCUAUCGUUCUGCGGCGGCGCAGAGAAGCUGACUGCGCCCUUCCGUCCUGAAGCGCUUUAUAUGCAUCCAACCAGCGGGCGAGUUUACCACCCCUGCUUGGAGCGGACAGGUGGCGUCGGCCUGGUGAGGUCCGCCCUGGCUAUUGAACUCAGCUCGUUCUUUAUUUACGCUUCAGAGCAGGGCCAAUCGGGACCGCCCACACACUUCCUGUGGGGAGAACAGCAGCACUUACUGACCAAUGAGCUGGCAGGAAGCUUCCCCACAGUGGAGGAUGGCGGUGUAGCAGGAGUGCCUUAAAAUCCAAAUGAAGGAUUGUGUGCGAAGUACUGCUAGAAGGAUGAUAUAAUGCCACUUGUUGUUUGGGAUUGAACAUUUCAACCAUAAUCAUAUCCUAAAACUAAUAAUGUUGUAUUCCUCAUUAGAGGACUUAAAAUUGAUGUUAAUGGUGUGCAAUUAUAUGAGAGCUGCCUUGUCCAGCAAUAUUAGAACCACUAAGUAUGUGAUACAGACAAAAAAAACACUGUUACAUCUACUUGAUUUCCAAACAGAAUUUUAUUCACUUCUGUCAAUCAAGGCCACUUAAGUACAUAUAUCAGACUAACUUUAGAUUUGACAGUCUUGGGCUUCUUUUCGUUUAAAUGUUCAUGCAUUUCAUGUGAUGGCCAGCAGGGGGAGACUCCCAACUUGCAAAAAUGAGUACCUAGUAAAGUUUCCACAAGGAGUUCCAACAUGACCCUACUAAACGUUUUACUGUGAAGUAAAUUGAUGAAAAAUGUAGGUUCACCUACAAUAAUUCAAUGGCAUCCAUUACAAUAUCAAUAUCCAUUCCAAUUGAGGUGUUUGUGCAUCUGAUGAACACUUCAUGGAAAUCAGAAAAGCGACAAUAGCGUAAAACCCAUGCAUGUUGUUGCAAUGUAGAUUAGGCACUGUGGUUUUAGUUUGGUUCUGAGAGAAUAAAUAAAGAGAAACAAUGUGUUAAUUCGUGCUUUAUACAAAGAUGUGUGUUCUUAAAGUAUCCUUUUUAAGGUGCUGAUUUGAGUUGGAAAGGUGAUGACGUAAGCCGAACGCAUUCAGUACUGAACAGGAAUGGUUGAUUGACAAAGGUCUAAAGUCCCUCAGCCAAUCAGGAUGCAGACACAACACGUGGGUUCUCCCUUAGACAAUCAGGAUGCAGACACAACACGUGGGUUCUCCCUUAGCCAAUCAGGACGCAGAACCCAAUACACAUGCUGUUAAAAAAAAAAAAUCCGCAAAACAGGAAGUCUGCGAAAAGUGAACCACGAUGGGAACACGAUUCUGAUUACGGAUAAACUAACUCAGCGGUAAGAUGCCCAUAUCUAUAACGAAAGUUCUAAGCUGACUUGUAGUGGAUAGUUAUGUAGAAAAAAAGUGAACUGCUUAAUGGCAUUGCUUCGCAUCCUGAACUCCACUAUAGAAAUGUGUGUUUUCUACGCCUCCGCCUGUUAAACUAUUAUUUCACGAUUAAUUGCAAAAUGUGUCCAUUGCUGAAACCUUUUUAAUAUGUUGCCUUGACUUCGGCUGCAUUGUCUUUUGCAUAACAACUUCCAUUUCUUGUAUAUCGGUAGGGCGCAUGACGGCCGAGUGGUUAGCAUGUUGGCUACACAGUCAGGAAACUGGGAAGACUGGGGUUCGAAUAUCCGCUUGGGCAUCUCUGUGUGGAGUUUGCAUGAUCUCCCCGUGCGUGGAUUUUCUCCGGGUACUCCGGUUUCCACCCACAUUCCAAAAACAUGCACAUUGGGUUAAUUGCCGAAAUUGUAUGAAUGUGAGGGUGAAUGGUUGUUUGUCUAUAUGUGCUCUGCGAUUGUCUGGCGACCGGUCCAGGGUGUACCCCGCCACUCGCCAGAAGUCAACUGGGAUAGGCGGCAUAGAAAAAAGAUGGAUGUAUAUCGGUAAUGCUUGAUAGCAAACGCUGUGUGUCUAAUGAACACUCCGUAGCUAUUUUGACUGACAUAUUACUGGUACUCUGGUCAUGUACACAACUAUUGAGGAAUUAUGUGUAACUAUCUUUAUUGUCAUUUUGAAUUGAAUUGUGAAUUACUGAUAUCAAGCGCAUGGAGGAGAUAGGAGAUGUGGAGGAGGCCGGCCAUAGCAACCCGAGCACUGCCACAGCGCUGCAAAAUGAUCACUAAUGUGCUGCUCAAACGCCCCAUGAGGGUUGCAUGAAAGCCUGACAUCUAUACAUGGGGAAUGUGCUCACAACAUUGUGUAGCAAUAUAGUCGUUUUCCAGAGAACACCAAGUUGGCCAUUGGUGCUCUGUCAAGUCACGGGUUAGUGCAGAUUCAGACAGCACAUGUGACAGACGAGUAGAAUAUGUAGAAUGUUCUGCAGCCUGUAACAUCCGCCAGCAUGACCGCUUUAGCAGUGGGUCAGUGAUGUUCUGUCUGGGGAGGCAUAUCCGUAGAGGGCCACACAGACCUGACCUGACCUGACCUGACCUUACUGCCGGGAAGAGAGCACCAGCAUAUGGUCUAAGGCACAGACCAUAUGCUGGUGCUGUGGGCCCUGGGUUCCUUCUGGUGAAUAUGGCUGGAGGUCCAUCACCUUUACACUCAGCUUCUUCAGCAAAGCAGGUUUCAUCCUGGAGGUGUGUUUGAGGUCCUUAUGUUGGAAUACUGCCCUGAGGCCCAGUUUCCAAAGGGAGGGCAUCGUGUUCUGCUUCAGUUUGUCACAAUACAUGUUUGCAUUCAUGUUUCCCUCAAUGAACUCUUCUCCCCAGUGCCGGCAGCACUCAUGCAGCCCCGUACCAUGACACUCCCACCACCAUGCUUGACUGUAAGCAAACUUUUUGCAGGCGUUCCCUUUGCGUCAUCUUUAGAAGAGGCUUCAUUCUGAGAUGACAGCCAACGUGCCCGCUGUGCUUCAACUCAGUUUCAUGAUGUUGGCAAUCUUCUUAUUGCCUACUACAUCUUUAUGGAGAGACAUCAAACUCAUUUGCACGGCGGGCCUCUUGACAGUUCUGGUUGCCCUCAGAGAGCCGCAGCUCUGCCAACAAUCUGUUCAGGUUGUCUUAGAAGACGUUUCGCCUCUCAUCCGAGCAGGCUUCAUGAGUUCAUGCUCAAAGACCAGAUAGGACGGCAUGUUGGCCACAGUCAGGAGACCUGGAAGACCUGCUUUCGGAUCUCCGUUGGGCAUCGGUAUUGGUUAUGAAGUGCUGUACACUAUUGGUAUUUCGGAUAUCAGUAAAAAAGCCAAAUAUCGAGCAUCUCUUCUCAUAGCAGUCUUGUUUGUUUCUCCACUUUCAACAUGUAGCAGAAGUGGGGCACUUGAACUCAAUAAUUUAGGUCUGCCAACCGCCAGCCAACAUUCCUGCAGAUGUGACUUUGUUCAAAGGCGGUAAUUUCUUUGCAGGUCAUGCAUACAUUCAUCUCGCUUAAAUGAUUCAACGGUCACAAUACAUGCGGGGUCUAUGCUAAUUGGACGUGCACACAACUUGUUGAGCUCCAAAGCCGAAGUCAAGUCAAGUUUUUCUUUGCAUCGAUAAGGUCUUCAUGGAUGAUCUUGGUAUCAAAGGAUGGUUACUGUAAAUGGGAAAACGUAUCAUUGCUACAGGAUAAAAGUAAAUAAAGCAGCUUAUUCAGUGAGCGUUAGCAGCGAUGAUACUUGUACUGUUGGAAGGGCUAAUUAGUGUUUUGUUUUAUGAAAUGAUUCAUAACAUAUGCUGGUCUUGGACCGCUUGUUUGUUUUCUCAACAUUUUCCCGUUAAGUGCUUGUGGUUUUAAUAGUCUUCUCUUUUUCUAGAAUUGGUUUAGCUGAGCUUUUAGCCGACGUUCCGUGGGUGUAUGGCAUGUGUGUACAGUCGUCCUUCGUUUGUAGUGGUUCAUUGGUUCCAGACCCGGCCGCGAUAAAUGAAUUUGAUAGGAUAUGGGAUUCAAUGUUAAUAAAUUGAAUAUUUUCACAAUUAGAGCAUAGAAAACCCAUCUAAUCUAAAUACGUCUUUGUUAACAUCCUUAGAGCCCUGUAGACAUAAAAUAACACCCCUAUAGUCACUUUACAUUCCUAUUGCUCAUUGUUUACACCACAUUGCGCAACUCAUACGCUGCCGGGACUCAAGACGGCCGCUAGCUAGCACGCUAACAAGCUAGAGAGCUAACCAGUUAGCCUCAAACUUAUUUCUUCUAAGUUUAAGAAGCCCAAAACUUACCACUUCCCCACGGAAUCAGAGAACUUUUGUUCACUCUAUCAUGUCGGACAUGCCACGGCUGAGUCCAUGCAGUGUUAAGGUUAUGUAAUGUAAGCUAAUGUCUCAUCAAUGUUUUGUGUCAUUACUCCCACCUAGUGACCAGAAUACGACAUAUCACCUGUAUUUCAAUAUGACUUGACGAAUAAUAGACCAUAGUCUACCACAAACAGCAAUUCAUUAAUUUCUGGAAAAAAGCGAUAUCGUUAGGAAGCAAUAAUUGAACCGUGACUGUAUUAAUAAUGUUAGAGCAGUUGCCAUAGCAGCAAAUAGGAUCAGGCGGUUUCAAUGAUUUUAAGCCUCGUCGGGAAUCGUACACCUUCAACAUGACGAUCACCUGUAUUUCUCGCGUGUCUGAAAUUUGGUCAACAGUUAUGACUGUUCGUCGCCUGUUCCCCCCUCUCUGUGUACACGUGAGCGCUUAAGUCGAUAACUUUGACUUUCAUUUGUGGGUGAUUUACCCUUCCGGUGUUCAAUCAAAGCUUACAAAAUGAAAUCAUUUUUAUCUUUGCGACAUUUUGCGUGGUUUUAUUUCGUCACGUCUGGACUACUGUAAUGCACUUUACUUUGGAAUAAGCCACAAAUUACGCUCUCGCUUACAGGUAGUCCAGAACUCUGCGGCACGGCUUUUAACAGGAGCCAAAAAGAGGGAGCACAUCACCCCAAUUCUAGCCUCCCUGCACUGGUUGCUUGUGCGUUUUAGAAUUGAUUUUAAGAUUUUAUUGUUUGUUUUUAGGGCGUUGAAUGGACUGGCCCACUCCAGCGUGCACACUGAAGUCCGAAGGCCAGCUCUAACUGGUGGUGCCUAAGACCAGACUUAAGACCAGGGUAGACCGGGACUUUUCUGUACUUGUCCCCAAGCUGUGGAACACUCUCCCCCCUCAUGUAAAAAACGGCCCCCACAAUUGAAAGCUUUAAGUCUCGUCUUAAAACCCACUUUCAUUCUCUGGCUUUUAACUCGGCGUGAGUCGUGUGGUCCUCUGUGUCUUUUAUUCUUUUCUUUUUAGUUUUUAUAGGUUUUAUUUAUUCUAGUGUUUUUCCCUUGUAUUUAUUGUUUUUACUCGUUGUUUCAAAUAUUUCACAAUUUUAAGCGUUUUGUUUUUAUUUGAUCUUUUAGUUUUUAUUGUAGUAAUUUGUAUUUUUACUUUACUUCUUUAUUUAUUAUUGUAUUUCAUUCUUAUUUAUAGUUUUACUAGCCCGUGCAGCACUUUGGGAACAGCGUUUAUAAAAUGUGCUGUAUAAAUAAAGUGGAUUGGAUUGGAAAAGGUCUCACCUCAAUCCUUUGCACACGGCUGGUGAGGAGUUGCAAAAACUAAUGCUGAGGAAGAAACACAGGAACACAAACUUUUGAAUUCACUCUAUUUUCAGAUGUCUUCAAGCUGUACAGUCAUUACAUGAGUUCUAUGUUUGAAAAAUAAAAAAUAAAAUAUCCACAAUCGAAAACUUAUCAAAACUAUCUUUGUUACACAAAAAAAAUAUAUUUAAAAAGUAAAUGAACCAAGAUUAAGAAGCUCUUUUGUGCCGUCAUGGAAUCCUUCACGCAUUACCUUUCUUCAUUUGUCGGAAUUACAGAAUCUGAUGAGCGUUGAACAAGAAAAGUAGAAAGCGAUAUCUUUCUGUUCUUAUCUAGACUACAAAAACUAUUUUCACAUUCACACAUAUUGUAGAAAAUACUUCUAUUUGUAUACAAUGUACACCAAUGUUGCGUCAUCAUCAGUACAAACAAGGACUUUUUUUUUUAAACCCAUAAGAAUCCACGCCACCGACACUUCCAACGUCUUCAAAUGUAUCGAAUGCUGCUGCAGUCUGAAUGUUGGGGUUGUGUAUAACUGUCCCAAAGUUCCCACAAAUCUCCCGCAGACCAGGGGGUGGGCGUGGGGGGUUCGCAAAUAAUUGGGUAAAAACGUUGACUCCGAUCUGCGAUUGGCUGGUGACCAGUCCAGGGUGUACCCCGCCUCUCGCCCAAAGUCAGCUGGGAUAGGCUCCAGCAUGCCCCCGCGACCCUAAUGAGGAUAAGCGGCGAAAAUAGAUGAAUGGUUUUACUCCGGUUGCACAAAAUCCUUGAAAUUGCCAAGAAAUGCGGCAGGACUCAGAUGCCAAGUUUACUUCCGUAAACACACUCACACGCGUGUGACAUCGUGUCUUGUGUGCAUGCACGUUACUCCCCUUACACAUUGGGUUCACAUUACACACAGCUGCAAAAAAAUAAAUAAAAAUAAUACAUAAAAAAUACCUACGUAAAAAGAUUGGAUUUUAAUUGGGUAUCGUACACUGCAGUGCGAACAUACUGUAGCCCGUGAGCACCUUUCCCCAGCUCUCGCACAGCAAAACACACCAUUCAAUGACGUACAGGUCAGAUAUGCCUGACUCGGACGCUCAGACUGCAGUAGCAUCGAAAACAUUUACAUCCACAUCCAAAAGAGGCCUGGCUUGCAUUUGGAAAAAAUCGGAAUUAUACUGUUCACAUUGACACACGUCAUGAAAACAAAUCAGACACAGAUCACACAUAAGCAAGAACAGAAUAGCGUAGCCUAAGUGACGUAGACGAAACAUUUUGGGGUGACAGUCGUGUGACUAUCCCAGGAUACGGCUUCCCCAAAAUGUCAGGAAAGCUAGCGAAUUCCCAAAAUGCUUAUUUUUUGCCAUUAAAAAGGUCACCCAUUUAACAAAUCUCAUACUGGUGUCAAAUAUUACAACUCGACUGUUCUUACUAUAUUUCUUGAAUGAAUCAACAUAAAACAAAACCCGUAAAAUUGCUAUGGAAAGCCUGGCGUGACGCAUUUGUCGCAAUAGCAACAGUGGUCACAAGCCACUCGAUGUCGAAAUGAUGUCACCGUUUCAAUUAUUUUCACUAUUUUAGAUAUCAGAAAUGCGUUGUAUGUGUUCCACUUGGCGUGUGGUAUAUCCCCCACAAUUUCCCUUGAAGCAGAAAUGGGUUCUUAUGAGUUCAAGAUUAAAAAUGUGGUCGCUCGCGUCUUUUCGUGAGUUUUUACAGCCUGACGCAAUCGGAGCAGCCACUCUGUGUCGUCGUUUUGCUUUUACUUUGAUUAAUACAAGCAGCUGUGUUUGUAUCUUCGCCUGCGUGUGUCAGGUUUUAUGCAUCAGGUCAACGGCUCUCUCCUCCCGGCCCUCCGUAGUCUCAGCGUGUGUGACUGAGGCCGACGGGGACGUAAAGUUACAGCUUGAAAGUUAACAAGGACUUUUGGGGACACAAGCAUGCACGACAAAGAGACAAAGACGGCGACAGAAAUAGACGGACAAAGUGUCUUUUCUAGUUCAUCUUGGCAUUCCUUUCAUUGAGGCGGCCACAACCCUAACGACCGUUGGCUUUGUGUCUUGUGGGGAUUUUUGUUAGUUUGGGAGAUCACUGUGGUCACUUUUAAAGGCCACUUCAGCACCUCACAGUAAACACGAGUCUCCUUGCAUGGGUGCAAAGUAUCUCAAAUAUUUCUUACUACACUGAGAAAGGCGCGAAAUAGGAAGCAAUUUGUGUCCCACAAAAGGUGCAAUCUACAUUAAUGUACUUCUAUGACUGGACCUUUUCCAGGGACGAAAAAGUGCAGCUAUUGAGUAACAAGCUUGAACGCGUAAAAGCACAAUGGUGCACUUGUAAAGUAUUUUGUAACGUAUGCAAAGAUAUAAACACAUUCCUGCAGCAAGCCGAGAAAGCAAACGAACAAAUAACCCUAAAGUGGGCCAGGAAAGUCCAAAGACUUCCAAACGGAUCUGAAAUAAAUGACAAAAAACACAUUGUACAAAGUUGAACUGUAUAAGUAUACUGUACGUAUAUCUUCAGCCGUAGCGACAACUGAUCAAAUAUAACAUCCGGAAAUAAAAACUGUUGAAAAAAAUCAAUGAACAUUCAUCAAGGAAGCCAAGCAACUGUUUGACAAGGAGCUCAGCGGUGGAAGCUAUAGAACAAAAAAAAAAAAAAAAGAAAAGACUAAAGACCUUGGUGGAGGUACGAGAUAGAAACAAUACAUUCAAGCAUUGGGAAAAAAAAAAAAAAAAAAGUCAGACAACUUGUAAAAAAAAAUAACAGAAGGCACACAUUUGUCUUUGGUCUGUUGCUUUAUGUUAUCUCAUUUCUGCGGAAAUGUCGUUGGUCUCAUUUUUUCCAUUUGCAAUCGUGUCAUGAAUACCACGGUUUUACUGGAUGCUGUGAUUGCAUCCUGAACAAUGAUUAUUAGUGCGCUGUUUGGAAAAUAUGCACACAAUUUCUACUACACUGAUCAUUUUGACCAAGUACAGGAGGUUUGGAAAUCCAUUUGUGUCCGCCGCCAUCACGCAGGUUAAUUACCGUGGGAAGCGUCUUCAACGUCUUCUGUUUUGCUUUUAACGCGCACCAGCUGCAAAGCGAGAAGCUAGGGUGUAGUUACGGCACCAAAUUACGCCACGUGACUUAAACCUUAUUAACUCAUUCAAUACCAAAGACGUAGUUACACCUUUUUAUAAUCCCAAACGCCCGAUCCCGAUUUGAAGGUUUUUUUUGGCGUGAGAGGCAAAAAGACGCAACUCUCCACCAAUGCAUUAACACUUCGGAGCACUUUUAAGCCGUAAAAACGACCACAAGGUGGGAGAAGUGCGUUUGGUAAGAGCUCGGCAGGGGUCAUCUUAACGGACGAAUCACACGACAGGAAGGAAAAACUGAGAGAGCGAGGAGGAGUGUAGCGUGCAGGUUGAGCACGGUAGGGAAAUUUUAAUGCGUGGACGCGCAUAGUUUAGUUCCAAAUGUGAAAAUUGUAAAUAGUUCACGGUGUUAUAUUUGUAAAUAAAUUGUUAUUUUGAUGUGAAACAAACCCCUUUGUUGCUUUGUUGCUGUUUAGUUGUUCAGAUAUUUCAGCUGUCACAAAAGCAAAAAAAAAAAAAUGUGUCAAAGUGAAAGUUUUGCUUGUAUCUCUUCACAAAAAGCUUGUUUUCUCCCUUUUAUAGUCAGGAGCUGAUAUUUUCCUGAAACUGUUCUACUGCUGAUUACUAAAGAACAGGAAAAGGUAGAAACAAACUUUUUUUUCCUGAUGAAAGACGGGAGUCUAAUCGUUCUUUUGGUACGUUCCAUGUUCAUGUAGCCAUAGAACACAACAUUCUGUGUGCCUUGAAACAUCAGUCAAAAUUGUCUAAAACGGACGGUACUGAAGGGGUUGUCUUCUGAAAAAUGGCUGGGAUUGAAUGAGUUAAGUUAAUUAUGUACUGAUUAUGUACUGAUUUCUAAAAAAAAAAGUCAUGUGGUGUCCAAUCAUCAAGGUUUUGUCAGUGGUUGAAAAACACGGGCGCAAUAUACACUAAGUCCCCUACUAACGAACAUCCGAUGUGCGAACACUCGUAGAUACGAACACAAGCCGACUGGUCUAUUUUUUUUCAUGAUUUUUUUUAGAAAAUUGCCAUAUUUUGUCAUUUAAAUUUUUUCGAAAUACAAAGGCGCUAUUUUUGUAUUGCGGGCCAUUCCGCCGCUACGAAUGGUGGGUAGCAGCAUCCCUCUCGCGCAAUCUUUCAUAGUUCGUCUGCACUUGUCGCUGAUAACGUCUCGGCGCACGCCGUUUGUACCCCAUUCGGUACUUUACAGAGACGUUUGUUUUCCGUUAUCAUGGCUGAUAAAUCGAGUGCAAGUAGUAGUAGUAGUGGCAGGAAACGUCAAGCAAUUUCUAUGGAAACGACGGUGGCCAUCAUCAGGAAGUUGGACGGUGGCGAGAAAAUGGCUACUGUAGCGCGUGCUUAUGGAGUGAAUCGCUCAACUAUAGCAACAAUUUACAAAGGCAAGGUUCGAAUUAUGGAACAUGUGAAGACUUCGACGAAGAUUUGUCCUUUCUUCAAUAAUUCCUUCUCCUGCUCCACCACCACCACCACCGACAUAUGCUCGACCACUCCUCUUCAGAGGUAAAUAACAUUUAUCAUUACGUAUUAUUAUAUCAUUUUUAUUAUUGUUUUUUCCAUUAAUUAUCCUCGUUUAAUAUUACUACUGCAUCCAAACUCAUAUUUACAUACAUACACAUAUAUGUAUAUAUGUAUACACGUACAUGUAGUACCUAUAUCAUCGGUAAUAUUACCUUUUCCCCGACUUAAGAACGGUCGUCUGGAACCAGUUGUGUUCGUUAGUUUGGGACUUAGUGUAGUUUAACGUCUUUGCAGGGACUUACUACAACUAACAAGUCUUUGACCAUGUGUCAAAUGAUUCUAAAACUUUUAUGGAUUACAUGUAUGGAAGCAUGUAAACGGCAAAUCCAUUUCACUUGUAUCGUGCUGAGUUCUUCAUCAAACGAAUGAAAGGAUGAUCUACAAUGUCGCAUUCACCUGUACGCAUAUUAUCACUGUCAGUCCUUUGCAGCAAUGGCUGCGGUCACACUUUACAAUAAGGUACACAAAAAUACAGUAGUAACUGAGGAACUAAUGAAGAACUAGUGAGGAACUAGUGAAAUUUAGACUAGUUACCGAGGAACUAAUGAAGAACUAAUGAGCAGAGUAGUUACCGAGGAACUAAUGAAGAACUAAUGAGCAGAGUAGUUACUGAGGAACUAAUGAAGAACUAGUGAGGAACUAGUGAAAUUUAGACUAGUUACCGAGGAACUAAUGAAGAACUAAUGAGCAGAGUAGUUACUGAGGAACGAAGCCACAUCAAUUUAGAGUACUUACUGAGGAACUAAUGAGUAACUAAUGAGUAGUGG